AUGCACGAAAUAAAGAAGAUCGCUGAGAUAUCGGCGUGUUUUUCAGUAUUUCUGUUGGCGUUGUUUUCACUAACAAACGCAGAAUAUAAAGAAUGGUGCGAAGCUGCCCCUGAAGAAGGCAAACCUGAUGUAGCAGUUUGUGUUCCUGUUAAUAAGGAAACUGUUACUUAUAUGUUGGAGAUUCUCCCUGCAUACGGGGCGGGAGUAGACCUGCGCAAAGACGUCAGCGUUCAACUCGUCGGUAGUAAUGGAAGAAUUACGCCACCCAUAGGAAUUGCCUCUGCAGCUUCAGGGACUCACAAACGAGUUUUUGUAGAGGCUAAAGACGUAGGAGAUCCUGAAGAAAUUCGCGCGCAGUCCUCCGCGGGAACCAUUGGAUCGAUUGAAUUGACAAUAAGCGGAGAAAAUCGAAGCGGGGAAUCAAAGGCAGUGCUGCAGGGAGUUAAGCCAGGAGAAGAAGCGGCUGUAUCUUUUCGAGGGGCAGACGUUGGUUCUAUUGAAUCUAUUUUACUGCACAAUUCUGCUGAAGACGACCCGUGGUUUUGCGAAAGCGUUCGAAUAUCAGCAGAGAGCGAAAGCCCCCUAUCUUUUUCUGUUAAACGAUGGAUCGGCUCGCCGUUUCUUUCUGCAGUUACCAUCACCCUUAGACCUUCUAAAGAUACAGAUGCAGCUCCGCAAGAUAUUCAGUGCAAUACCAGAGGAUCUGAUCUCGUUUCGUUAGCGCCGAAGCAACUGGAGACAUUUAAAGUUCGAUGUCCGAUGAAUUGCGGAGCGGCUUCGUUUGCAGUGACUGAAGGGGCUUCAAUUCAUCCAUCUUCUUCUUCGGUUUGUGCUGCAGCAGAACAUGAUGGCGUUGCUUCAGCUUCAGGAGGAGUUCUCGUUGUCAGUGUAGUGGGCCCUCUUCCACAAUACGCAGGAUUACCUCCUCUUAAACCGGGUGCAGAUUCAAUCGACGAUAUCGUCGGCGAUGUCCGCGUGGUGGACGCGCACGGGAAGUUGGCGGCCAGCGGGCGCCUGGAGAUUCGUCGAGAAGGCGUUUGGGGUUAUUUGCAUGGGAUGUAUCACGAAGACGGCUGUUUGAGUCUGGACGGGCACAACGUCUGCGCAGGGCAGCACUAUCCUGUAGCAGCAGCUGGUGAGUGUUUUCUGCUUUUUCUCUCUUAUUUCUGCUGCUGGUUUUACUCUUUACUCCUUUUGCGCUUUGAUAUCGUCUAUCAAAACAGGAAUCAUGAUAUAUUUCAGUGUCUGGGGCCUGAGAAGACAUUAACCGAUUGCACAUUUGAAGAGGCGACGGCUCAGUGCGCCGAUCAUCGCUUUGAUGUCGCCGUGCGGUGUUCAAAUAAUCCGCCGGCUGAGCCAAUCUUCGGUUCGCUGCGAAUUGUUAAUGAGAUGGGGACCCCCGCAUUAGACGGUAUUGGGAGGCUUCAGGUAUACAGAGACGGUUGGGGGAGCAUCUGCGACGACGGCUGGACGAAGGAGUCCGAGCGGGUGGCGUGCAUGCAGAUGGGCUACGAGGGGUUGAGGGAAGGAGGCAUUUCCGGAAAAAGCUGCGAAAAUAUCAACGGCCUAAAUUUCUGCGGAUUGCAAGAAGAACCGAUUCAUAUGGUCAACGUCGCAUGCCAAGGAGACGAGAGAUCCUUACGCCAGUGCGCGCACGAGACGAAGUCGGAUAUAUACUGUGCGCACAGUGAAGACAUCGUUGUCUCUUGCAAAGGCAAUGGAGGCCUCAGUGGAGCUGAGGGUUUAAAGAAAGAAGACCUGCCUGAUGUUAUUAAACGAAAAUAUCGCUCGUUCAUUGAACUGAGCUGUACAGACAAACUCGCAACGACAAAAGGAGUUGCAGCAGCACGCCCAGGGGCCGUCUUCUUGGGGAUUUGUCCUAGCGGCUGCAGGUAA